CUAUAUAUCUAGACUAUAGAUUUUUACAAUGAUCUAAUAUCUGUGUCAGUGUCAGUGCAAUCUAUCAGGGUGUAAUAGUUGAUGGAUCGCAACGCGUACAGGAGCUAAGACAUGUGUAUCGUAUAAACAAAAAGAAGCAGGAGACCGACCUAUUCCACAUCCAGCAUGCUACAGAUAUUACCUGGCUUCUAGUUUCUACAGCCUGUGCUAAUGGUUCAGAAACACUUUCCCAAUUUUGAUCUGGGUUGAAAGGCUGUCUUACGUCAGUCAACAUCUAGAGGAAUACAAAUAUCUGGCGCGUUCAUCAUAAUCUCAAUGUCGUCAGUGAUGAUAUAUUGGAAUAGUUACCAGACAAAAUCUGCUGAUAUAACUAUUGUUAAUCUAACACGGCAGACAACAGAAAUUUCAAUCAAGACAUGUUUGAAGAAUCCACCGUCUUUAGUAGGUCACUUUGUCUUUCACCAUUUUAAUGGAACGCUGGAAGACCUGAAUAAUAAAUAUCAGAAAUAUAAGCCUGAACUCGGUGGUAAAUUUAAACCAUUGGAGUGCCAGGAGAGAGAGAAACUAGCAAUAAUAAUACCAUACCGAGACAGACAGAGACAUCUGAUGGACUUCUUGUCACACAUGCCACCAAUGCUGCUCCGUCAACGAGUUGAAUUCACUAUAUUUGUUAUCGAGCAGGAUCCACAAGAAAAAUUUAACCGAGCACUGAUGAUGAAUGUUGGUUAUUUAGAGGCAUUAAAACAAGAUAACUAUUCAUGUUUUAUAUUUCACGAUGUCGACAUGUAUCCUAUUAAUGAUAAUAAUAUAUACAAAUGUUCAACAUCUCCAAGACACUUGGCUGUAGCUGUUGAGAAAUGGAAAUUUAGAUUACCGUUCCGUGGUUAUUAUGGUGGAGUUGUUGCUUAUCCUAAGGCUGUUAUAGAGAAAACCAAUGGAUUCUCCAAUUUUUAUUUUGGUUGGGGUGGUGAAGAUGAUGAUCUAGGAGCCAGAUUGGCGGUGGUAGGGUUGAAGUUUGUACGUCCUGCCGCAGUUUAUGGUAGAUAUGCCACCCCUGUUCACGGCAAGGAUAAAGGCAAUCCAGUGUCCAAAGACAGAUUCAGGCUUUUAGGGAAUGCCAAGAGUCGUAUAUGGUACGAUGGACUAAACAGUGUUGUAUAUAAUGUAAGUAAAAUAGAAAAGAAGAAAAUAUAUACACACAUACAUAUAACAGUGGAUCGUCAAAAACUGGAAGAGAAUGUGAAGUUAAAGAACAUAGAACUGGAAAUGCAGCAUUUGAAAUCUUCGCCCAUUAAUAAGCAGUAAUGGUAUUCCCUAGAAAUGUAAUUAUUACCUGUGUAUUCAGAAUGUGAAGUUAAACAAAAUAGAAUUGGAAAAGCAGCAUUUGAAAUCUUCGUCCAUUAAUAAGUAGUGAUGGUGUUCCCUAGAAUUGUAACUUAUGUAUUCCAGUUCUAUUCCUAAAUGCCAUGGAAACAAUCAUUAUUAUUGUUGUUUAGUUGUCGUCAUCGUCGUAGGAAUGAAGAGUUUUAGUGUGAUUGGUGCUGUCAAUACAGUGUCAUCGUGUGGAGGAUUGUGUUCAUGAACCCAAUGUUUCAGAUAGCCUAUGAUCUCAAGAGCUCUGUGUCCCAUCAAACGUGUCUUAUUGUAAUAGGGUGUUCAUGAACCCAGUGUUUCAGAUAGCCUAUGAACUCAAGAGCUCUGUGUCCCAUCAAACGUGUCUUAUUGUAAUAGGGUGUUCAUGAACCCAGUGUUUCAGAUAGCCUAUGAACUCAAGAGCUCUGUGUCCCAUCAAACGUGUCUUAUUGUAAUAGGGUGUUCAUGAACCCAGUGUUUCAGAUAGCCUAUGAACUCAAGAGCUAUGUGUCCCAUCAAACGUGUUUUAUUGUAAUAGGGUGUUCAUGAACCCAAAGUUUCAGAUAUCCUAUCAACUCAAGAGCUCCGUGUUCCAUUAAACAUGUCGUAUUGUAAUAGGGUGGAACCGAUCAAUGUUAUUAUUUAUUUAUUGCCUUGUACAAUUAAGAGCCCCGGUGGAUCAGUUAGUAAGACGGCUGGUGUAAGUGUUACACGGCAGUAAAUCAGCUUUGCAACAUUACUCUUUUCACAAGGUUAAUUCUGACAACCCAUCCUGUAAUGGUGACCAUUUGAAGAUAUUGAACAGUUUAUUUUACAUUGCUCCUUACAUUCAGAUACCCAGAACAAGAACAAAUCUAUCGUCUACCUAACUUAACACUAGUAUAAUAUUGCACGGUAUUGACGACACGGGGGGCUAAUUUAACUACCGUAACACUAAUAUCAUAUUGCACGGCAUUGACGACACUGGGAGCUGACUGAAUAUUUUUAAAACUGUCAACUCGUAUUUCAAAAUCAUCAGAAGUCUCCAACAGCAACGAUAACUCCAUAGUUCAAAAUUUGAGAAAACAAAAUAAACAGUGUAAUUAUAUUUCCACUUGUACAUUUUUUGUUUAUUUAUAAAAUGUAAAUACAUGUA